AUGUCGACGGACGCAUUUCAGGCGGCUCGCGUCGCCAUAGACGAAUGCCACAAGAAGGAUCCCGCCUACCUCAACCGUUCCACCUCGCCCGCCUCCUCCUCCGACGAAACCAAUACCAAGGUAGACGAACUCACCUAUGCCGAUCGAGUGGAAUACUGGGCCUCCCACCUGAUCGGUCUUCGACUCGAAACCACCGAAUACCACCAGUUCGCCUCGCUCGUCUCGCCCUCCUCUACUUCCGAUGUCGAAUCCAUCACCCGCACCGGCGAACUCCUCCGCAUCGCCGCACGUUGCCAGCAUCUCGAACGAUUCCUCACUCCACGCUCCACCUACCCAGAAGGCAAAGCCGGCUAUCUCAAGUGGAGACGCGACCUCUACAAGAUCCAAGCCGAUCGUGCCAAACAGCUCCUGACCGAAGCUGGUGUGGACGAGCAGAGUGCAGAGUGGGUGCACAAGUGGGUCAGCAAGACCGAGCUCAACCCUGGAAAGCAGACGGGAGAUCUCGGAACGCAGCUGCUCGAGGACGCAGCCGUCUUGUUCUUCCUGCAGGACGAGUUGGAGCUGUUUGCGGGUCAACAUCAGGAGUAUGCCGAGCAAAAAUUUGUGGAUAUCAUCAAGAAGACCUGGAGGAAGUUGAGCGAGUUGGGCAAGCAGGAGGCGUUGAAGUUGAGCAUGCCAAAGGGGUUGGAGCCCAUCGUGUUGAAAGGUAUCGCUGCGUUGGAGGGCGGUGCAGAGCAGAAGCAGCAAGAAGGCUCAUCAACACUGAUAUCUCCCGCAUCGUCGACCCCUCUCGCGCAAAAGAAGCAGACCUCGUCCUCCGCUCCCAUCCCACCACGAGCGCUUCGACCCAAAACAGCCGCCGAAGCCCAAGCCCUUCUCGCCUCUCUGCCCGAAACCUCUUCCUCUACCGAUCCCGACGUCUUUGGCGCACGUCUCCUAACCACCACCUCCGACAUUUGGUCCCACAAUGCCUGGGAUCACGUCGUCCCACCUCCGUCCUACUACGACCUCGCCGCCACCACCCUCGCCCAACAAGCCGAGACCAAGCUCUCGCUUGACGAAGCCGAACCGUACCACGCCGCUCCCGCGUCGUUCUGGGAUACCUUCUACUCUUCGCACGAGAACCGAUUCUUCAAGGAUCGAAAGUGGUUGCACCUCGAGUUUCCAGAAUUGGUAGAGGCGAGUUAUGCCGGUGCGGGAAGCAAAGUUGUGUUGGAGGUGGGAUGUGGGGCUGGAAAUACGGUGUUUCCGCUGUUACAGAUCAAUCAGAAUCCGGAGUUGGUAGUUCAUGCGUGCGAUUAUUCCAAGGAAGCGGUGGGAGUAGUUCAAAGUAGCCCUCUGUACAAGGAUCCACCUGGAGGUGCAACCUGCCACGCUAGCGUAUGGGAUCUCUCAAGUCCCACCCACCUACCCGCCGGAUUACAACCCGAAAGCGUCGACAUCAUCGUCCUGAUCUUCGUCUUCUCCGCCCUCCACCCCAAAGAAUGGUCACAAGCAGUGACGAACAUCAAACGUCUCCUCAAACCGAAUGGGAUCGUCCUAGUCCGAGACUAUGGCCGUUAUGACAUGCCCCAGCUGCGAUUCAAAAAGAAACGAAUGUUGGAAGACAAUUUCUAUCUCAGAGGUGACGGUACCAGGGUAUACUUCUUCCAACCCGAACAGCUGUUUGACAUCUUCAACGCCCAACCCCAGACCACAACGACGAAUACCACCACCGAAGAAGAAGACGUCAAAGACGCGGAUCAGGGCAAUACCGAACUAAAACCCCACAACAGUGUAGAGACGGACAAUAGAGACGAUGGAGGACUGGCGAUUGUGGAAAAGAAAGAGGAGGAGAACAAAACGUACGAUUUCUCCACGACUCAAAUGGCCAUCGAUCGAAGGCUGAUCGUCAACCGCAAGGAGAGGAAACAGAUGUACAGGGUCUGGUUGCAGGCCAAGUUUCAGCGUCUGGACGGGUCUUCAGCAUAG